AAAUGAAUUUAUUGACUCCUUAUUACCAGAAAUCUCAGUUCUGUCACUCUACUCUAUCAGUUUGAAUGGCCGCCAACGCACUUCCUGGAACUGUCUGAAGUUUACAUGAAUCACGUGACAACCAAACAUUUCGAACUUCCGUAGUCGCAACUCUCUCUUUAUGGCUCUGGUCUGGACGAAAAUGUAGACAAACUUGUUUGACUGUUUGCACUUUUAUUUUAUUUUCUGGUGUCUCUCCCGCCCUCCCUCUUUCACAUACGCGGAAGUUGCCAGGAAUAAAACGAAAACAGGUAGAUCUUCUCGUCCUUAACAAACGCUUCCUUCUUUCUUUUUAAACAAGAAGUUUAACUUUUUAAACGCAGGAGGACCGAUGUUUUAAACGUUUUUUAAACCCUGCUGAGAAAAUAUAGUUUAGUGAAAGUACAAGCUAACGACAUGGCAGACUACAGUGACGAGGACAUCACAGACAAGCCAUCUCUUCUAGAAAAAGACUUGACUUGUCCUGUGUGCAAAGACAUUUUUAGGGAACCCGUGUUGCUCUCGUGUAGCCACAGUUUCUGUCAGGAAUGCCUGGAGGGCAGCUGGAAGAACCAGUCGAAACAGCAGUGCCCGAUGUGCAGAAAAUGCUGCGACGGGGAGACACCGAUCCCUAACCGCGCAUUAAAUGACACCUGCGUAUCCUUUAAAAAGGAGAGGAACCUGAGAGGACAAGGUACUGGUGUAGAUGAGGUCAUCUGUGGUUUCCACCAGCGUCCCUUCCAGAUCUUCUGCAUUAAAGACGAGGAACCCGUGUGCGUCGAGUGCGCGACUCUUCAUCCGGGACACGAACUGGUGCCCAUAGAGCAAGGAGUGCCUUUCUGCAAGGAGGAGCUUAACAUGAAAAUCAAAAUACUGGAAAGUAAGCAGGAUUCCUUUAAAAGGAUGAAAAAAAGAUAUAAAGACACGGUCUCCUUUAUUGAGAGCCAGACUAAGAAUGCAGAGAAUCAAAUCAAAGAGGAGUUUGAAAGACUCCAUCAGGUCCUGCGUGAUGAGGAGACAUCGAGAAUAAAUGCUUUGUAUAGAGAAGAAAAUGAGAAGAAGCAAAUGAUGAAUGAGAAGAUUGAAAACAUCAGUCGCGAUAUCACAGCUCUUGCUAAAUUGAUUCAGUCAGUAAAGAGGGAAAUGGGAGACGAGGAUUUGACUUUUCUUCAGAAUUUCCAGAGCCUAAAAAGACGAACCCAGUGGACUGGUGAGGAACCAAAGAAGGUUCAAGGAGCUCUCAUCGACAUGGCCUUGCAUGUAGGCGCUUUGGGUUACAAAGUCUGGGAAAAGAUGCUGUCUCAUGUCACAUGUUUGCCUGUAAUCCUGGAUCCCAACACAGUCUCGCCCUGGCUCUCCAUAUCUUCUGAUUUUUCCAGUGUGCAACAGAGUCUGGAAAGACAGACUUUCCCAGACAACCCUGAGAGGUUUGAUCCCUGUGUUUUUGUCCUUGGCUCAGAGGGUUUCUCCUCAGGGCGGCACCGUUGGGAGGUCCGUGUGGCUGACCACCCCAAAUGGAUCUUGGGAGUAUGCAAGGAGUCAGUGGUUCGGAAGAGGAAGUUCACAGUAACAACGACAGCCGGAGUGUGGACCAUCGGUCUGAGUAAAGGAGUCUACAGUGCACUGUCCACUCCACGGACUGAGCUGAAUUUAGAGAGAAGGCCUGAAACCAUCAGGGUAAAGGUCAAUAUGGAGAAGGGAGAGGUGUCCUUCUGGGAUACAAGCAACAACAAGCACCUAUGUACAUAUAAUGAUAAGUUCACUGGAAAGCUGUUCCCCAUCUUUGGCCCAGGGCUCCAGAGCACACCCAUCACUAUCUUGCCUGCUAAAGUGACCAUACACAAACAAUAAGUAAAUUUGCUUUGUUUCUUUAACAUCAAAGCCUGGUGAGACUAAAGAGUCUAAAACCUUGCUACUUGGUUUGAACAGAAUUCAAGGAACAUUUCAGAUUCAGUAGAAGUUAAUCUCAGUCAACAGCAUUUCAAACAGCACGUCAGCCAUGACACUGUAAUGCCAUAAACCCUAAAGCCCUUAAAUGAGUGUAUUUUAAACAGUGUUACAGAUCAAAUAAAAGUUCUAAAAGAAGAAUGAAAUGUCAGUGCUUUUAUCAAAUGAUGAGCUUCUUAUUUCUGCUUUUAAAGCCUCAAAAAACUUAACCCGUUUCACUUCCAUUUCAAGUGCUGACCCAUAACAAUGAUCCUUAAUUUUUGCUUUUUCUUUUUAUGAAAACAAGGAACAAAUUGAAAUGAUUUUUUCUGGUAAUAACAUCAUGCCACAAAUGCUGUUGUUUGUGAAUAACUUGUACUGGACAUGGAAAAUUCCUUAAAAGGAAAAUAGGAAAUAAAGAAAUGGAUAUUCAAAGGAGGUGAACAGCAUAUGCUGAUAUAUUAUACCAAAGCAUGUCAUGAUUCAUUUUUUUUCUUCUCCAUAUUAUGUUGGUGUGAUUUGCUAUGUCAGGGUGGAGGUAUUUUUUUUCCUUGUCCUCCAAUGUGAAUGGCUUAAUUGCUGCUAAAACACUAUUGAUUGUUCAGUAGAGAAUGUCUUUCAUAUCAAUCAACUUAAAAUGCCUCUGUUAUGCCUUUUCGAAUAUUACCUUUCAUGCAGUGCGUCAUGUAACUGUAUGUGAACAUAAACUAUCUGCAAAGUUGUGAAGCCAGCAGUGCAGAUAAAAAAUGUUAUUGUCUAUCAAAAAAAGUAAUGGCUACUUGCUUCAUUUAAAAACAUGAGAUACAGUGUGAUGGGGAAAAACCGCUAUAAAGUCUUGAGACAUGUUUUUUAAAAGUGUGCGUUCCAUUCUGUGAUGGUUGAGCAAAAGAUGGAAGCAAAAGAUUCAGAAGUCUGUCCGACAUCAGUUUCAUGAGGUGCCUUCGUGCAAAAUCACUGCCAGCAAAGUCAUUGCCUCAUACGGGAGCGAGGCAGCAAGUCAGCUGCCUAAGUUUUCGGAUGCAGCCGUCUUGUGCGAGACGCGAGUGACGCUGAUAGAUGUCCCUCUAGAAAAUGUGAUAAAUAUGCCUUCUGUGUGUACGGCUUGGUUUCAGUUUUGAGGUAAACAACAUCUCCACACUGAUGUUCUCGUUUUCUGCAAUAUACUGAAUGAACAACGUAGCAGCGCCGCGCCGCAUCUAGUGGGUUCAACUGGACAGGCUAGCAAAAGCAGUGACACUAGUGGUGUACUUCGCGCGCCACUGAUAAAGGCUGCCUGAUGCAGACCUCAAAUUCGAAUGCAAAAAAAAAAAAAUUUCAACGAAUAUUCGAAAUUCGAAUUGUUUAAUGACAGCCCUACAGCUUUUGAUAUUAGCGGGUGACAGUUAAAGAACCAACAUAUAAUUAAAUAAUAACAAUAAAAAAAUGAUCUCGGUUAUCAGACUGAAUGUGGGUUUUUUUCUGUCUACAGCAGCAUUUCAGUUUAAUGU